GCAAGUAAACACAGCCGAUCAGCUGCAGCUGACAGCGACCAAAUAUCACAAUCGAAACCUUUUUAUUUAUUUAUUUUUACGGUAAGCACAUAGAGAGAAACAGAGGUCCGCCGAUGCGAGUCUCUAUGAUUCAGAUCAGAAAGUGUAGGAGCAAAUAAAGGAAAGGCGCACAAAUAAGUGGCUUAUUUUCGGCUUUUACCAUGGCGUAUCCUCAGGGCUACUUGUAUCAGCCGUCAGCUUCUCUGGCACUGUAUUCCUGCCCGGCAUACAGUACAAGUGUAAUAUCUGGACCCAGGACCGAGGAACUUGGAAGAUCUUCUUCUGGGUCUGCUUUUGCUCCAUAUGCCGGAUCUACAGCGUUUACCAGCCCUUCGCCUGGCUACAACUCGCAUCUCCAGUACAGCGCAGACCCGGCGGCAGCGGCAACGUUCACUUCGUACGUGGGCUCCCCAUACGACCACACGACAGGCAUGGCUGGCUCCAUAGGAUAUCACCCUUACGCGGCUCCCCUGGGUUCAUAUCCCUACGGAGACCCUGCAUACCGAAAAAAUGCUACCAGGGACGCCACCGCAACUCUCAAGGCCUGGCUUAACGAGCAUAGAAAAAACCCGUACCCCACAAAAGGCGAGAAAAUCAUGCUGGCUAUCAUCACCAAAAUGACACUUACUCAAGUGUCCACCUGGUUUGCCAACGCGAGGAGAAGGUUAAAGAAAGAGAAUAAGAUGACCUGGACCCCGAGGAACAGAAGCGAGGAUGAGGAGGAAGAUGAAAAUAUCGAUUUAGAGAAAAACGACGACGAUGAGCCGCAUAAGCCUACAGACAAGGGGGACUCAACAGACAACGAGUCAGCCGAACAUAAACUAAACCCGGGGGAACUUACCUGUGACAGAUUCAAAGAGGAGAACCCUGGCAAAGAAGUGGAUCCCAUUUUGACAGAGUCGGAAUUAAAAGAACAACAGGACCGGACAGAAUUACUGUCUCAGUCACCUAAACCUACUACUUCUUCCCCUACAAACGUGCCUCGCGGAACUGAGAUUAUUGUGCAAGAGAAGCCGUCUGAGAUGGUGCAGACCUCAAGCACGGCAAACGGCGUCAGCGGAAGCAGCAGCAACGCCACGUCUGUGAUUCAUUCGCCCCCCUCUGCUCCAAAACCUAAACUCUGGUCUCUUGCCGAGAUCGCUACUUCUUCGGACAGGUGUAAGGGAAGUAACGACACGCCGCAAGCCCCUGGAACGGGUCAAAGCACCGUUAUUACGGCCAGCGCAUCGUCACCGUCUCGGUCACCGCCUCAGUGUCCGUUCCCAAACAGCACCGUGCUUUCCAGGCCAAUUUACUACACAUCACCAUUUUACCCAGGUUAUACGAACUAUGGCACCUUUGGACAUCUUCACAGCAACCACGGCUCCAACACGGGGUCCGCAACACAUUUUAAUGGAUUAAACCAGACUGUCUUAAAUAGGGCAGAGGCACUGGUGAGAGAAAGCAAAGCCAGGAGUCAAACACAAGUAGAUCUUUGUAAAGACUCCCCUUAUGAACUAAAGAAAGGUAUGUCAAACAUUUAAUAUUGGCCUCCUCUCCGAUUACAUGGACAUUUAUUUAUUAUAUGUGUUGACAAAAAAGUAAUUAAUAAAACACUCCUGAGGAAACAAAGGUUAUUUUCAAUGAGAAAAUGCUUAUUCUUAAAUCUUAGUUUCUGGAUGCUCAAUCCAAAAAAAAUGUAACAUCUAAGAACUGUCUUAAUUGAUAC